UAAUAUAUAUUAUUCUGAAAUGGGCCGAUUUGUUUAAUGAGUACUUUUACUUUUGGUACUGAUCUGGGUAAUUCUCCCUCCUCUGGAUUCGUUAUUAUAGCUUGAAGACGUUUCUAGAAAGAGAGCUCAAUCAGCUGUGUGACGUAGUAAAGUAGGCGGGACCUGAAAUCUGUUUCCGGAAACAUGGAGGCCGUUGUGAGCGAUGUUGUGGCUCCCGAAGAUCUUUUAAAAUUCGAGAAGAAGUAUAACAAUGAGCUGCUAAAGGGAGCCGUCUCCAGAGAAACUAAGUUUGAGUAUGCGUGGUGUCUGAUCAGGAGUAAAUACUCCGACGACAUCAAGAAGGGAAUUGUGCUCUUGGAAGAACUUGUUCAGAAAGCAUCAAAGGACGAUUCGAGGGACUUCCUGUUCUACCUUGCAGUGGCCAAAUACAGACUCAAAGAGUAUGAGAAAGCUCUGAAGUACAUCCGAACUCUCCUCAAGAACGAACCGGGGAACAAGCAGGCUCAGGAUCUGGAGAAACUCAUCGACAAAGCUUUAAAGAAAGACGGCUUGGUCGGCAUGGCCAUCGUCGGGGGGAUCGGUCUUGGUGUGGCCGGUCUGGCGGGCCUCAUCGGUUUGGCCGUGUCCAAGGGAGCUAAAUCCUAACAUGGAAAAUGGGACGACGUUUCUUCAUUUUGCUGGACUGACAAACUGACCAUUUACCUGCAUUAAAAACAGAAGUUUAUUAAGGGGGCUUGACGGAUGUAUCAUAUUGUAACAGGGUUGAGAUUCACCAUACAUACGUCUUUACUUAUCUGUCUAUUCACAGCAUAGCAUGGCACUUUCUUAUUCUUUGUGUAAAUAUAUUAAUGAAUUAGACAAGGUGCAGCUCCAUUUCCUGUAAAUUCUUAUUUAGUUUGCACCUACGUUUCCUAAGUUCACAUUAACAUAAAUUCAAUAAUAUCUUCCUAAAAGUGCAGUUGUGGUUCUGUGCCUGUCUGUAUUUGACUCCAGGAAUUGUAAAGGAAAGUGUUAUUGGUGAGGUAGGAAGUGUAGCUUGUUUUAAGAAAAGCAACAGUGUGAUGUGUUUGCUGGUGGCAGCAGGGACCGUGCCAUAAUGCUGGUAGAAGAGUCAGCCCAGCUGCUGCUGAGGAGGCGAUGAGAGAGAGAGGUUUCUUUACAUUUGUUGUGAAUACUACUUUAAAUUAAGGGAUCCAACAUACUGAUGGAAAAUGGAUACCCUUUGCCAUUUAAAAUGCAUUUACCUGGUCUGCAUUUAAAGAGUUGAUUGUUUAAUAAAAUGCUUUUGAACUGA